AUGCUCGCUGUAGCACUCCCAAAAGGGUCACACGAAGCUACCAUGUGCAAAGGUUUCGGCUCUACUCUGACCGGACCUGCUCUGCAAUGGUAUAUCAACUUACCCUCCAGGUCCAUAGCCUCCUUCGCCAUUCUCAGCGUCAAGUUCGUGGAGCAAUUCGCCAGCAGCAGGGAUCUGGAGAAAACCUCCGACAGCCUCUACGAAAUCUUCCAGAACCGAGCGGAACUCCUGAGAGUGCCACAAAUUUACCCCCUGAAUGACAAAUUCAUCAAGCUCUCUUUGGUCAAUAUAAUGGACAACUUCGGGUUAGGAGAGUACUUCAGUAAAGAGAUUGAACAUUUUCUUCUUCAAAUUCACAAGUAUGAAAGCAAGGAUGUUGAGAGAAUGCCGAUAUGGUCAAAAGUAGAUCAGUUGCACAAAGACUCCCUUGAAUUUCGAUUGUUAAGGAUGAACGGGUACAAUGUUUCACCUGAUAGCUUUUGCUGGUUCUUGAAUGACGAAGAAAUCCAAGAUCAUCUAAAGACAAACAUUGAACAUUUAUUCUUAGUGAUGCUUAGUGUUUACAGAGCAACUGAUCUCAUAUUUCCAGGAGAGUCUGAGCUCGAAAAAGCAAAAGAAUUUUCGCGGAAAUUACUCGAGAAAAAUGAAUUUAUUGAUGAAAUAAUGGUUUCGAGUUCCCACAUUAAACAUGAAAUGAGUACUCCAUGGAUGGCUAGACUCAAGCAUCUUGAUCAUAGGAUGUGGAUUGAGGACAGGGACCAAAAUGUUAUCUCAACUGGAAAAGCCUCUUCGGUUUGUUUACAUGCUGACAAGCUUACUCAUCUUGCUUCGAAGAAUUUUGAACUUCGACAAGCUGUAUACAGACGUGAGAUGGAGGACUUGAUAAAGUGGGUGAAGAAAUGGGGACUUUACGAUAUCGGAUUUGGAAGAGAGAAGACAACAUAUUGUUACUUUGCAGCUUCAUCAAGUACCUCGUUGCCCUUUGAAUCUGCGGCUAAUGUUCGUAAGCUUAUGGCAAAAAGUGGCAUUCUUAUCACAGUUGCUGAUGAUUUCUUCGAUGAGGAAGGUUCUUCUGAUGAGUUAGAAGCUCUUACUGAAGCUGUUAUAAGAUGGGAAGGAAAACAACUGAAAGGUUACGGCAAGAUCAUAUUCAAAGCACUUGAUAAUCAUAUAAAAGAGACCGCUGAGACUUACCGUAAGCAGCAUGGGACCGACAUAACAAACCAUUUUCGCAACAUCGUACGUCUUUAUUAAAUCACGA